AUGGGCUUGAUCGAGAAGUACAUCAACCGAAGCGAUGUGAGUGUCACGAACCGCGUGCCGCCCACCUGCGCAGCAAGAUGUGCGCGAGGUGGGAAGACCACCUUCCUGCUAAAGCUUGGCGAGAGACUGGCCGAGGCUGAGUACCUCCCCAUCUUUGUGUCCUUCAACGGGGAAAGCCCCGUCAAACGGCGGGACAACGAGCUAGCGGACGAGUGGCUGUACCGGACUAUUGCGUAUGCGCUGCUCCCGGCCAACAGUUCGCUUCGUCAGGAUGUGGCAGACGAAUUCGGAAACAAGACGUGUCAGAAGUCGACUCUGCAAUCCUACUUCGAGUGCCAGAAGAACGUUGUUUUGCUAGUCGAUGAGCUUAACCAACUGUUGCUGAGGGGCCCCACCCAAGAGGAAAAGAACGCAGAGCAAGAUGCCGCCCGCUUCAUGAAAAAUGUCUUCCUUGGCUCUGAAGGUGCCUACAUGGUCUUCACCUCCCACAUUCAGUCCACGGGGCUAGACUUGACCCAGUGCAUGGAGGGCGACUCCGUUAGGGGGCUGGAAAUCACAGGCUUGCCAUUCGCAGAUGAGCUCGGAGAGCUGCAGAACAUGUCGUCAGCAUUUUCUGGCUUGACGCACAUGAAAGCAGCCUACUACUCAAGAGUCCCAGCACUCCUUUGGUCCUCGCACGAUGAUGGGUCUCUGCUCUCACAAAAAUUCUCACAAAUCCGGGAAGACCCGCAACAGCACCUUGCCGCCUUCUUGCGCGAGGUUUUCGCAGGCACUUUGAUGAGAGAGAUGGAGGCUUUCAGGCAGCUCACGGACGGCAGCCAAAAAGACAGACCAAUAUGGAUCCCAUGCUUCAUGUCGCACUUCCUUAUCCAAUGUAGCAGUGCCUGCCCUGCCUGUGGUGUUCUUGGACGGUGGCUGCAAGGCAUGCAAGCUGCAGAGGAGAAGGAUGGCAAGGCGUGGGAGAAGAUCAUCGCCGUUGCCUUCGGCUUGCGCUACAUUUGGCAGCAGAUGGGCGGCGAAGAGCACGGAUGGCUGCAUGGACAUGAAGGGGCAGCAAUCCAGUGUCUGGAUGCCAACCCAGCGGCGAAGACUGUCGAGCAAGCAAUGCAGCAGCUGCCACAACCAUUGCAGUACCCAACCUUGCAGCUGGUGCUCCCGAGCCACGCACAGUUCGAGGCAGUAGACUUGUUCGCUGUGAGGAGAAAAGCAGACAGUGCUGACUUAGUCAUGGUGGCGCAGCAGAAAGAAGGCAGCGCCAGUGUCAACCACCCACGGCCACAGACUGCGAAGCAUGCUUACUGGAUGAGAGGAUCGUCGACGCAAAACGCAAAGACGAAAGAUGGAUGGAUCCUGCCCUCGCAAAGCGAGAUUGAAAAGUUCUUGGGACACUCCUUGGCAGCUGCAGCACCAGCCACCUGGCGGGACCCGGUAGACAAGCAGCAAAGGCUGGCCGCGAGAACGGCUUUGCUCUGA